GAUUGUUGCCAAACGGUUGGAAUCGUUGGGUGCCACUGACACAUGGAGAUCGCCGUGCGACAGAAAGCAGAGAUCUGUCACAGUUCAAUCUUGACAACCGCUAUGGCCGUGAUGCUCUCGAAGUACUGCUCAAGUCUGUGACAGGAGCUCUUAAUCCACCACUUAUUCCUCCACCAGCUGACUACAAACCAGGAGACUUUUUUCAAGACAUGCGACUGUAUAUGGAAGGAGUUGGACUAUUAUCAAAGCAACCUAACACUGAUUGUUAUGUAAUUGAGAGGGAAGCGGCUACCAUCUCCAAGUUCCUCAAUCGAAUUCUCGGUAUACCAGUACACGCUCAGAAUGCUUUGUUCCAUUAUUUCACCGAAAUUGUGGCAGAACUAAUUGCACAGGCAAAGCUGGAUGGCACGUAUGAUAUGGGAAUAAUGGAUUUGGGAACUGGAGGAGAUCAAGUUCGGAAACUAGAGACACGAGUUUUUGUCGGAAGAGCAGAAAAAGGAGGAUUUCGCGUGGAAAUGCAGAAAAUCGGUGUCGAAAGAGGUUUAUCUUGGGAAGAAGCGUUUGCGCUUUACAAGGAACACAACACUGAUGAGGACGGUUUUUACGUUUCAAAUACCUCGAAUACGGGUCGACAAGUUGCUGUGUUAGUAUAUGGUAUCGGUAAACGUCGCUUCGACACUGGCGCACGAUUGUACGCUGUUACCCGCCCUUCGAUUGGCCGCUCACCGAAAUUGAUUACAAUGGCAGAAAUUUCAAAACGAUUUGUCAAGGUGUCUCCUGAAGAUGCCAAGCAACUGUGGGAAGACCAAUACGCAGGUGCCAUAGACAACUGCCAUCAUACGUACGUGCAUGGAAAAUGUAAAAGUGAAGCGAUGGGAGUGUAUUGCGAAGUAGGGCGAAGGACAAGGACCUACUUCGUACUCUCUGGCUCUGUGCUCUCUGUCUGGCCAGUUGUUGAAGAAGUUCUUUCGGAUCGUGAUCGACGGGCGUCUCGUAUGCAAGUAAUUCGUGUAAGAACGGAACAGGAUCAGAAAAUAGUC